GGCUUCCUGCACGAGCACGGCGGGAAGGUGCGCAACUCCGAGCUGCUGAGCCGCUUCAAGCCGCUGCUGGACGCGGGCGACCCGCGCGGCCGCGCCGCCCGCAGGGACCGCUUCAAGCAGCUCGUCAACGACGUGGCGGUGGUGAAGGAGCUCGACGGCGUCAAGUUCGUGGUGCUGAAGAAGAAGCUGCGGCCGCGGGAGGCGCCGGAGCCCCCGCCCUCCUGCGCCCCCAGCGCCCCCGAGCCCGAGAGCACGUCCAUCCCACCGGUGGACACCGCUGCCUCGGGGGCUCCAUCCUCGGCCUCCGCGCAGCGGGCGGUGGAAGCCCCCGAGGACCCGGACCCGCCGUCAGCGCCCCCGAACACGCCGACUGGGGAGCUGUGGCCCAGCCCCGCGACCCCGCAGUCCGGGGGGCCCUUGGAGCCGGCCCAGCCCUCCGAGGGCCUCUCUGCAGACGUGGCCCCACCGGCUAGGGCACCGUCCGAGGCGGCCUCGCCGCACGCAGAGCCCCCAGACCUGGAACCCGGGCCCGGGGCGACGCCAGGGCCGCCGCCACCCCCUCGGCGCGCGCCUCCCCAGAAGCCCUGCAUGUUGCCGGUGCGCUGUGUCCCGGGCCCCGCCGCGUUCCGGAUCCGAGCCGAAGAGCAGGGCCUGCGCCGGCAGCUGUCGGAGGAGCCGAGCCCGCGGAGCUCCCCGCUGCUGCGGCGGCGGCUCUCGGUGGAGGAGUCUGGCCUGGGCCCCGGCCGCUCCCCGCACCUGCGGCGCCUGUCCCGCGCCGGCCCGCGCCUGCUGAGCCCCGACACGGAGGAGGUGCCCUUCGCGCCCCCGCCGCCGGCCGUGCCCCUGGAGCCGGCGGAGCACGAGUGGCUGGUGCGGUCGGCCGCUGGCCGCUGGAACCACCAGCUGCACGGCCUCCUGCUGCGCGACCGCGGCCUGGCCGCCAAGCCCGACUUCAUGUCUGGGUUCACGGCCCUGCAUUGGGCCGCCAAGAGUGUCGACCGCUAGAUGGUGCUGCAGCUGUGGGGAAGGUGGCCCCCGCUUCGGGGGGCGCCCCCCAGUCGAACGUGAAAGGGGGCUUUGCACGGGGGGCUUACACGGGCCCUGCACCUGGCGGCUCUUCACGGCCCCCGAAGGAAGUGGCCGGGGCUGCUGGUGGGCCUGGGGGGCGCAAGGUGCACGUGCGCGGCUUACAGCGGGCGGCGGGCCCACCAGUACCUGCGGCCGGGCGCCUCGUAUGCGCUGCGCCGGCUACUUGGCGACCCUGGCCUGCAAAGCUCUUUGGAACCCAAUGGGACCGGUGGUGUGAAUGGCAGCCUUGUGGUCCGGCGCCCGGUGCAGAUGGCCGCCACCAUCCUCAGUUCCACCACAAGCGCGUUUCUGGGCGUCCUGGCCGACGACCUGAUGCUCCAGGACCUGGCUCGAGGCUUGAAGAAGUCGGGCUCCUUCAGCAAGUUCUUGGGUGCCUCGCCCCUAGCUCCUCGUAAAAAGACAAAGACCCGCAGUGGCCUGCCGGCCUUUUCAGAAAUCUCUCGGGGAUCCAUUCCAGGGCCUUUCGCUGGUCUCAUGCCCAGCCUGCCCCCCACAACCUGACAGUCCUGAGGCUACUGCGCUGAUCUAAUCCGGCCUGGCCCUCCGGCUAAGCCUGCGCAUGACCGCGGCCCAACACCUUCGGCUCCAUCCGGUUUCCAACUUUGUCCACUACAGUGUUUUACCCCGGUGGGCUUAUGCCUCCAGCUUCUGUCUGUAGCUUGACCUGCCUUCAGAGAUGGGAUUCCAGGCCUCAGUGAUAGCUUCCUAUGAAAAAUGCCAGAAGUCAGGCUUAAACUUUGGAGGAGACUUGAAAUUUAGGAUCAAAGGUUAAGGGGCAGCAGCUGGUCUGGUCCCUUCAUGAGUUAACCCAGUGCCUCUGCAUCUAUACACUCCCAAGCCAGAACACGUUGCAAGGGUCUCUAAGUGUUGUGUGAGGGUGGGUGGUUUGUCAGCUGUCAGAUACUGGUGGUUUUGUAAUUUGAUGCUUUUAUCCCGUUUUUAAAAUUGAAAUGAGGUAAAACAAUUUUCAUAAUAACCUUUUGAAAUUAUAUUUUUCCAUUUUUAGGCAAAAUGCUUAGACAUUGUUGAUCUUUGGUAAAGAUUUUGGAAUUCUAUUUAAAAAUGUAAUCACCGAGAUCUAAAGGAAAUUAGUCCCAACCAACAAAAAUCUUAAACGUUUAUCUACCUCAUUUUAGGCAAUCAAGAGUUCAGAGAGUCUUGAACACAGAAUAUGACCAUUGCAAAUGUAAUUAAUUUCACUUGUACUGUGAACGCUAAAUAUUAGGAAGCAAGUGUGUCUUGGGAGUAAAGGUGAUUUACUAAUAAGAAAAGAGACAUUUGGACAAAUACUUUUAAUUUGUGGUUAUCUUUAUGGUGAAAUAAACACAUGUCUUCGGCACUGGUGGGUGGCUAUUUUGAUUUGGCAUGAAUAUUUAAUUAAAUGUGAUUUAUGUGAAUUGCCCUGUUGUACCAUAUUUCUCAUUCUGUGGUUUUUAAAAUCUGGCUGAGACUUUCAGUGCAGUAGGUGACUAUUCAAAGUUGGGCUGCCAUUCAAAAUAUAUACAUAUAUAUAUACACCAGAAAAAUAACUGGUAAAAUAGUAAUGAAUACAAUUAAGGACCAACUAUUUUACAUGAAAGUUCUGUACAAAUAGAAAGUACGUGACAUCCAUUUCUGAAAGCACCUGAGGAAGCAAACAACUUAAUCCAAAAUAACAAAUGUGAAGUCUGCUCAGUGACCUCAGGGGGGUGACUUGAUGUCUCUGGACCUUUGCUCCUUUCUAUAACUGAGAAGGUUUGUAGGUAUAGCCAAGAUCUCCCAGGUUCAAGACAGUGUCACUAUAAUGGCUUUUUUGGUUUGUUUUAAAGAUGUGGAAUCUAUUUGCUCAACCUCUUUUUAUAUCAUAUGGUGGUAAUACUCUGCUUUUGCAAAUUGUGUUUGCAUGUCGUUCGUUGUAUCAAAUAGCUUUUGUGGCACAAGGUGGGGCUCCUCUCCCACAUAGACAUAUUUCAGUGAGGCUUCUGAAAUUAUUUAAGGCAGUCCUUCGUGGAAUGUUUUGAUUUAAGCAAUGAAAUAAACCGUCUCCUAUUUUGUU